AUGACACCACCGGGAAGAAGUGGAAAGAAAUCCGAUCCUCCCGCUUCUUCGCGAGAGAUCAAUGAAUUCGGUGUCGGAACCGGUCAUGCCACAUUACGAUCAUACCGAGAUCGUCAGGGGCGCUUCAAAACGGUUCAACAAGUCGGCGUGCCGUCCAAAAACGAGAAACAUACCGAUACAGCCCAGAUACCAGAGGUUACUUUUUACCAUCGCGUGGAUGCAUUUGGAAAAGUCCGGCCAGAAAGAAUAGAGGUAGAUUGGUGGGAAUUUAGUGAUUUCCUAAAAGGCCUGGAGCCGUUCCCCCUUUCUGAGAGACCGACAGACCGAGGGACUGUUUUCAAUCCACCGUAUGCGUCGCUUUUCCUCCGCUUAGACGCACUCGAAAGGGAAUCAUCGACAACGCAGUCAAAGUCUACGACCGCCAACAAUACUAUAGCUUCAACACAAAAUCUUGGCAUUGCCAAGACAAUCCCAGAGUUUCUCAGACCAACUUUCCAUGAAGCGCGUUCGAGACUUGAGGCCCUGAACACGGCCAGCCACAGCACUCUUGUUCAAUAUGACGAUCUCUGGAUGCUUUAUAAACCUGGCGAAUCCUUUUUUCACAGGGUGUCGGGACUGGAGACCAGGUGCUACAUCGUUGACUACCCGAUUGUUAACACAGCUGCACCUGGAAUGUACCAAGGACUACUACAGCUAUGUUGCUGGUCGAUGGGAUACAGUCCGCAGUCGGGUAUGUUAGUCAAGCAAUAUGGCGUUUUUCCCGUGGCUCGGUUCCACGGCCGAACUGAGAUCGGAAAACUGCGUUACGUGCCAGGAAGAUUCAUGGAGGAUUUAGAGGCUGUCAAGGCACUUGCAGUCACUCGAGGCCAGAGCUACUGGGAAAUGAACACGACAUCGAAAUUUCAACAGUUGGUGACAUCCAAAGAACACAGUCAUGAUGGGGUUUCCGGGAUGAGAGUAAUUGUGGGCGAAAAUGCCGACAGUGCCCUGGAUGAAGGCCGACUCCCACAUGUUCCAUCACCCAUAUUCGACAAACGCAUAGCUAUCUCAAAGUGGAGCAAAAGAGUCGGGAUAGAGUCUGACAUUACUCCGACGACUGAGGAUCGCGGAAUAGGUCACGACUCUGACGAUGUCAUCUUGCAAACCGGAUUCGAAGAGGUAGGAAAGAUGCGGGGCAACUGGUUUAGCGACUAUGACAGCAUUCUGCCAACGACUAAACCAGAUGAUUUGGCCCUGAUGCUUUGCCCCCUCGAAGUACUUGCAUUCAGUAUCCGUGAAAAGACUUGGAAUUUGUAUAAUGUCGUCGACCUCAAGCCCGUGCAAUUUGCAACCGAUGCAUGGAAGCGACUAGUCCUCAAAGCAGAGUACAAAGAAGUCAUCUGGGCCAUGGUCAAGUCCUAUCUCGCGCAUAGUACCAAUUUCCAUGACCUUGUUGAUGGCAAAGGCGAGGGCCUGGUCAUUCUUCUUCAUGGGCCUCCAGGCGUCGGCAAAACUUUGACCGCAGAGUGCGUAGCAGAAUCAUUCAAGAAGCCUCUUUACAUGGUAACUGCAGGAGAUCUUGGGACAGAUCCCGAGACCCUCGAGGGGAAGUUGUCAAAGAUCUUCGAUCAUGCCGAAGCAUGGGAUGCCAUCCUGUUGCUAGACGAAGCAGACAUCUUCUUGCAGGACCGAGACUAUGACAAUCUUCAAAGGAACGCUCUGGUAUCCAUCUUCCUCCGAACGUUGGAAUACUUCAACGGCAUCAUGUUCCUAACCAGCAACCGCAUCGGCGCCUUCGACCAAGCCUUCCAAUCCAGAAUCCACAUCACAAUCGGCAUGCCGGAAUUCGACGAACCCCUCCGCAAAGAAGUCUGGAAGAUCUUCAUUCAAGACCUCGGCCGCAAGCGCCGCGAUGGCUCACCGGCCCUUCUCUCACGGGACGAGUGCAAGGCGCUAGGCAGCGAAGUGACCAAAUCCUGGGCUUCGCAGCCCCUCAACGGCCGUCAAAUCCGCAACUGCGUCAGGAGCGCGUUGGCACUGGCGGAAGACAAGGGGGUCAAGCCGGACGCGAGCCACUUCAACAAGGUCCUCAAGCUUGGAAACGCGUUCACCCAGUACAUGACCAAGUUGCAGAAGGCGGAGGCUGAGGAGAUUGCCCAGAUCAAGGGCGAUCGACUCGCGGCGAUGAAGGACAUCAUGGCUCAAAGUGAUGCUGCUUAG